AGUGACAAUGAGGAGAGACGGACAGAGGGAUGACUCGUGAGUUUUUAUUGAUGAGGGUUGACUUCACUCACUAGAGGCUGACAAAGCGCACAUCAGAUCACGGUCAUGUUGCAGCUGCGCGUUUUUAACAGACUUCUCCAACACUUUUAUUGGAGGACUCAAGAAUCCACAAAAAGUCUCUUACCUGGGUUUUCCUCUCAGCUGUGGGCUGGAUACUUAUCUACCUGGCAUAGAAACAAAUCAACUCUUCCAGAUGUGAGUGAGCGGACUCUUAUAGCCGUGAAGCCAGAUGGAGUUCAGCGUCGUCUAGUUGGACAAAUAAUUCAGCGCUUUGAGCAGCGGGGGUUCAAGCUGGUUGGCCUGAAGAUGAUGCAGGUGUCUGAAGAUCUUCUGUCUCAGCACUACUGUGAGCUGAGGGCUAAGCCCUUCUAUCCUAGUCUGUUGCAUUACAUGACUUCAGGCCCUGUGGUGGUCAUGGUAUGGGAGGGACCCAAUGUGGUCCAGACAUCGCGUAAAAUGGUGGGACCCACUAACUCAACUGAGGCCCAAGCAGGCACAGUCAGAGGAGAUUUCAGUGUCCAUGUCAGCAGGAAUGUGGUCCAUGCCAGUGAUUCACUGGAGGGGGCUCAAAGGGAGAUCCAGCUGUGGUUUCAGGGAAAAGAUCUCCUGGACUGGGACAGCUGUGACCAGAAGUGCAUGAUGGAGGACUAAAGAUGUCCAAGGCAGCGAGGAUCAGUAAUAACUACCUCUUUGCCUGCUGCUUAAAGGUCUGUUCUGUCUCCCAUGAGCCAUAUUUUCUCCCUCUAAGCAAUUUACCUCAAUAAGUGCACUAAGAAUCAAAACUGCUGAAACAAAUGUGAGAUUUUAGAACUCAAGCUGCAUUAGCAACUAUGCAGAUAUACAAAUAUAUUGUAGUUGUUGUCAUCUUGGUCUUAGCAUUGGUAUAUUAUUGCUAUACGCCAAUCUGCUACAACUUGGAAAGAAUACUGAAUUGGUUCACUGGACAUGCGUCUUAGGGACCACAAAGGAUCAGUGGCUCCUCAUACAGAGCCUCUGUUUAAAAUAAUAGUUAGCUUUAUGAAUGAAGCAUAAAGCAAAAGAAACAACAACCAAAAGAGACUAAAUAAAGACCAUUAGAUUCAAAAUCUUCACAAGUACUGUUUUAGGUGCAGAACGGCUGUAAAGUCUCUAAACCGCCACAAUGAGAUGCAAAAUUCAUACAAACAGAUGUGAAUUUUGGCUCACAAAGAGACACAAAAUGAUCACUACAAGGUGCAGAUGCAAAAGUGUGAUAAAUAGCCAGAAUUAGAUGCAGUUUUUCAGCCUUUCGGUUUUUGUUUUGGUCCUUUCAGAGGACCCGCCUGCUCUAGCAGGGUAAUGCACCUCCCCACAUUGCAAAAGUAUUUCUGUAAUCCUAUGAAGAACAUGAUAGAGAGUUCAAAGUGUUGAGUUGGCUUCCAAAUUCCUCAGAUCAUAAUCUAAUCAAGCAUCUGUGGGCUGUGCCGGGAAAACAACUCUAACCCACAGAAGUACAACCUUUCAGUUUUAGGGACUUGAAGAAUCUGCUGCUAACAUCUUGGUGCUUGAUGCUACAGGGUCCGGACCUCCACUGAUUGGAGCGAUUAUGGCACAACAAUGGGGCUCGAAUAUUAAACAGAUGGUUUAGAUUUUUGUUGCUGAUUCUUUCUGACUUAAUAGUUUUUAAAACUUACUCUAUGUUACACCAAAAAAACAUAUAUGCAUAUUUUUGUUUUCAUAUUAUGAGAUUUGAUUGGACAAAUAUGUUUUGUUUACACUGUUAAUUUUACACCCCUCCCCCCACAUCUGCCUUAUUGUGUGGUGAUUAUUCUUAUUAACAAAUAUUAUUAUUUAAUGUAUACCUAAUUAAAUUGUUUACUUGACCUCUGUCCUCAACAAAAACCUAAGUGCAAUUUUUAUAUGUGAUUGAAAUUUUAUAAUACAUUUUUGUAACUGAAAACACUGAAUAAUUUUUCUACCUCUGAAGAAAUAAAACAAGAGAACAGUUUAAAAGCAGGUGCACUGCACCACUCUCUGUAAUGCUGACUGACUGCCAUCAGCUACCACUGAAUCGGAGUUUUUAUGUGAAUUUACAUCUGCAGUAUCACUUUUUCUUCAUUAUUUUAAAUCAUAAUGUUUCAGUUGCAGUGCUCCUAACACUACUAAAAUCAUUAAGUGAUUGAGUACAGCGUAUAGCACGAUAUCUCAAUGUUGUACAUUAUGUUUCGGAGCUAUAAGCAAAGAAAGACAGCAUAUAUUUUUUGGCUUGUAUUUAUUGUUAAGUUUCAAAUAUUGUCUGAACAAAUUAUACAAAUAUAUUAACUGUAAAACAAAAAAAAAUGCAUUGCAUGGGAGUAAUAAGAGUAAACUUGUGAG